GUUGUCACUUUAAGAUGACGUCAUCAGUAUCCAACAUGGCGACUCAGUGAUACCUACUUCACCACGCACACUAAACGCUUCGACUAAUACAAGUUUCCGGUCAAAACUCCUUCAUCCAACAAUGAAUCCAAUAAUGAGCCGUACGCUACCUACGUCCGUAAGGAGUCUACUGACAGACAUCGGUCCAAAAGACGAGUCUGAUGACACACAGGAUGCCCCGUCAGUCAUCAAGGAGGGAAUACUGCUUCCAUUAGCAGGGUGCGCUUCCAGGGAAGAAGACUUUCUCACCCCUGUUCAGAACCACGAAGCUGAUGGGAAGAAAAUAAAGACUGGCGCAAUGUGCAUGUUGUGUAACUGCAAACCAGCAUGCUACACAUGUCCCAGGUGCAACUUGAGCUACUGUGGUGUGGCUUGCUACAGAAGCCCUGGGCACUCCUUGUGUUCUGAGGAGUUCUACAAAGAGUCUGUUCUCCAGGAGCUGAAGAACAUGGGAAAAACAGAGCAUGAGGGGAAGGAGAAAAUGCUGCAGAUUCUUCUUGAACUAAGGCAAAAAGCGGAAAUGACAGACGGUGGAAUGGGAAGUGUAUUAAGAGAAGCCGGCAUGGUGCGGGAAAAAGAGGAGGGGAACAUUGAAGCUAUGGAGCUCCUAUCCAGAUUAGCCGAGCUUCAGGAGUCGAGAGCAGGAGAUGCAUCGGAGAUUGAGGCCAUUAUGAGAAAACUGGAAGAGCUCGGAGGACAGGAAGGAGGUGAGGAACCAACAGAAGGUGUAGCUGAGCAUCUAUCAGAGCUGGACCUUGACCAACUCUCUGAAGAGGAGCUGUGGGCGCUUCUUGACAGCCAGGAGAAAGAGAAAUUCAUGGGUCUGCUUAAGGGUGGCGCUCUUGGUGGGUUGAUCCCUGUGUGGAGGCCUUGGUGGGAGGAGCAUGAGGUUGGAGGGAGAGCACUGGUGGAGGUGCUGGAGGAGGAGGUGAACAAGCAGGACAAUUACGACGCAUCACCACUAGAGGAGGUUCAGAAUCAAGACAAAAAAGUGAAAAAGACUAAAAAGGAGGCAAUCGCCAACAGAGGAAGCUCGGCAGUCUCAAGUGUGCCUUUGAUUUCUUCCAAAAUACCCAAACUGACAUCUUUAUGUCCGAAUCCAUCUCCGCUGGUGUGCUACGGUUUAGUCAAUACUCUUUAUUGCUACAGUUUCACUUUACAGCUCCUUAAUGGUGACGUCGACUCACUGCUAUAUGAAUUUUGUGAUAUGAUGCUCUCCUUGUCUGAUGCGCUGAGUUCCGCCAAGGUUUUCACCUCCAUCCAAGAGGCCGUACACUGCGGAGAGACGCUCAUUUUGGGAGGUGGCUACCUUGACAAAGAAGAGUCCCGUGCCACAGACUGGGCGAUGGAAGGCGCGGCUCACAUCCUGACCGGACGAGAUAACAAGGAUGCUACAGGUUACACCUUGGCGGCGUUGAGCCAGCUUCGAUCGGCACUCUCCAAAGCCAGAGCGGCGCUUUCUAAAGAUGGCGAAGAAAACAAAAGGAGACAGAAAUACUUCCUGGCUUCAAAGAAGUGUGAAUUCUUCCAAGCCUGGACGCUGGAUAAUUCUAACCAGACCCGCAGACUGGCUUUGGAGCUGUGGAAUGAGCGCAGCAGGAGAGAGAGAAGCAGGGAGAGUAUGGAGAAAACAAAGACACUCGUUGAGCAGAGCGUUAAGAAAGACAAGAGGAAAGGGAAUAGAAAGUUGAUCCAAGAAUUGAACUGACUGAAGUCCAUAUUGUAAUUGCUCAAUACUGUUGUAUUAAUCAUGUGGUUGAUGCACUUAACUGUCCAACCAUCUUAUUCCUGUGUAUUCCUGUGUAAUAUUCAGAGGAUAUCAUGUACCCUAUAACAUUAUGACUGUGAUAUUUACUCCUCAUUGUAUUAAUAAUGUCAGCUAUUUUUGUCAGGAUUCAAAUUUUAUAAGGCUGCUGUCGGUGACUGGUCAUAAAAUAAAUUUUUUUGCAAACAAUUUAUUUUCCAAUAUGAUUUUUUUCAUAUAUGUUUUCCACAAUAAUACAUGAUCAUUGUGUGAAAAAGGAUUUUGAGCCUGACAACCAUGUAAUAUUAUAUAUAUCAAUACAUUUACUAAAUAAAGGGAAUGAAAUUAUUUAAAAAAUUUCCCCAAGUUUACAUUUGAUUAAUUCACAUUAGUUUGAAAAGCCAUUUUUUAAAUAUAAAAAUGCAAAGUUAUUUUAUUUAGUCAGUAUUGCAAUUCUGUAAGGCCUGAUGUUGGUUACUACAAAAAUACACUAGAGAAAAAAGAAAAUCAUUGUAAAUAAUAAUCAUUUGACAUUGUGGGUUUUAUAUUUGUCACCUGAUCAGCUGCUUUUGAGAGAGCCUAAAACAAAGCGGAAGCGCAGGGGGGCCGUGCUUUAACUGUUGCAGCCCCAAAACUGUGGAAUAACCUGCCUCAGCAUAUCAGGCAGACCUCAUUUGUCUGUUUUUAAAUCCUAUUUUAAGACCCACCUCUUCUCCUUGGCUUUUGACACUCAGUAGAGGUUGACUUCAUUGAUUUGGUUUUUAUUUGAUUGUAGUGUGUUUUAUGUCACUUUUUUUUACAUAUUUUUUAUUUUAAUUUUGUUUGUAUUUUACCCCAUUGCCUUCAUUUGUAUUGUUCUUCUGUUCUGUUAUCUACUACAUUUUUAUCU